GGUGAGGCUCCAAGGAUGGCGACGGCUGUCGAGCUAGCCAUUGAGAAGAUCGAUGAGUAUAAGUCGAAGAUUGGAAGAACUCUCGGCACUCCGAUGCGGCUUCGAGACCUAAUUCGGCAGGUCAGAGCGGCACGAACGAUGGCUGAAGAGCGAGCAGUGGUGGAUAGAGAAAGUGCGAAUAUUCGAGAAAGCUUCCGAGACGAUGAUUCUCCGUGGAAAUGUAGAAAUAUCGCGAAAUUGCUCUAUAUUCAUAUGCUCGGCUACCCAGCGCAUUUUGGACAGAUGGAGUGCAUGAAACUGGUGGCUCACCCCCGAUUCACUGACAAACGAAUUGGGUAUCUUGGAGCUAUGCUUCUUCUCGAUGAACGAUCGGAAGUUCAUAUGCUCGUCACUAAUUCGCUUAAAAACGACCUCACCUGUUCCACCCAAUUCGUCAGCGGACUAGCUCUCUGCACUCUGGGCUCAAUUUGCUCAGCGGAAAUGUGUCGAGACCUGGCCAACGAGGUUGAGAAGAUCAUCAAGCAGAACAAUGCGUAUUUAAAGAAAAAAGCGGCGCUCUGUGCGUUCCGUAUCGUUCGAAAAGUGCCGGAGCUGAUGGAAGUCUUCAUUCCAUGUACCCGAUCGCUUCUGGGAGAGAAAAAUCACGGAGUUUUGAUGGGCGCAACGACUUUGGUCACAGAAAUGUGCGAGAAAUCUCCGGAUGUCUUGAAUCAUUUUAAGAAAUUGGUGCCGAAUUUGGUACGGAUUCUAAAGAAUCUUCUAAUGAGUGGAUAUUCGCCGGAACACGACGUCACCGGCAUCUCUGACCCGUUCCUUCAGGUCAAAAUUCUGAGAUUAUUGAGAGUUUUGGGGAAGGAUGACGUACGUGUCACUGAAGAGAUGAAUGAUAUUCUGGCGCAAGUGGCAACGAAUACGGAAACGGCGAAAAAUGUCGGAAACGCGAUUCUCUAUGAGACUGUACUCACGAUUAUGGAGAUUAAGAGCGAGAGUGGCCUGCGCAUUUUGGCUGUGAACAUUCUUGGACGAUUCCUUUUGAAUACGGAUAAGAAUAUUCGAUAUGUGGCGUUGAAUACGCUUCUGAAGACUGUUCAUGUUGAUUAUCAGGCCGUACAACGUCACCGUAACGUAGUCGUUGAAUGUCUCAAAGAUCCGGAUAUUUCGAUCAGAAAACGUGCAAUGGAGCUCUGCUUUGCUCUGAUGAACCGUACAAAUAUCGCAAUAAUGACGAAAGAAGUGCUCAUUUUCCUCGAGACCGCCGACGCUGAAUUCAAAUCGGAAUGUGCUUCACGAAUGUAUAUUGCAACGGAAAGAUAUUCGCCGAAUCAUGAAUGGCAUUUGGAUACGAUGAUUACUGUACUUAGAUUGGCCGGAAAAUACGUUCCUGACGAGGUGGUCUCCUGUAUGAUCCAAAUGAUUUCGGCGAAUGAGCAACUGCAGAGCUAUGCAGUAUCCCAGCUUUACCAUGCCGCUCAAAAAGAUGCAAUCAAUGCUCAACCACUGCUUCAAGUAGCUUUCUGGACAAUUGGAGAAUUUGGAGAUUUGUUACUUCAACCAACAGACGUUGAUAGUACUCCAAUCUCUGAAAAUGAUGUUGUCGGAGUAUUUGAAUCGGUUCUUCCGUCUGCUCUAACCUCACUUUGGACAAAAUGUUAUGGAGUUACUGCUCUUGCGAAGCUGGGAACCAGGUUCCAGUCGACUGGAGAUCGAAUUGGAGCACUUGUUCGUAUGAAUCAGGCUCAUAUUCAGUUGGAGUUACAGCAGCGAUCUGUGGAAUUCAAUGUGAUUUUGAAUUUGGGAGAUUUGAGAGACGGACUGCUCGAACGAAUGCCAGUAAUCACCCAUAAUUCCCUAAAUGCCGCUGCUCCAUCAAUGAUCGAUGAGGAAGUUUCUGCAGAAUCGGGAGCACCAGUAGUAACCAAUGGAGAUCUCCUUGGUGAUCUGAACCUUGGUGGUGGUGGUUCAACGAAUCCAUCAAAUGACUAUAGUUCUGAUCUUUUGGGUGUUGGAGUUGGUAGUGGAGCAGCUUCUGCUCAGGCACCACCACCACCACCACCACCUACCUCAAAUUCGAAUAUUUUGGACAUUUUCGGCGAUACACCAUCUUCAAAUGCUGCUGGUGGUUUUGACUUUGGAAUGGCUGCUCCAGCGAAGGAGCCCACUUAUCAGCCGGUAAUCGCUAUCAACAAGGGCGGAAUCGAAGUUCAACUGCAAGUCAUCGAAACGUGGAAAAACGAGAAGGCUCGUCUGAGAAUGACGGCUUACAACUAUACACCAAGAACUCUUUCGAACUAUAAUUUCUUCGCAGCCGUCACAAAAACGUUUGAAAUUGCACUGGAACCGGCUUCAUCGCCAAAUAUUGAUCCAAAUGAGCAUACUACUCAAUUUAUGACUAUUACAAGAAAAGCACCUAAUACUACUGCUCGCAUGCGCACCAAAAUCUCGUACAUUGUCGACGGAACGGAACAAGUCGGCGAAGGAGUUGUCAACGAGUUUCCCGGAUUGUAAAAAUCUAAUUUUCCCCCAAAAAAAAUUUCCCAAAUGCCACGUUUUUUCCUAAUUUAUUGAUUUUUUUUUCUAUGUGUUUCUAAAAAUACCAUUUUUGUUCUUAUUUUAGUGUGUGUGUGUCUAUUGUCAAAUAAUGUGAGAAAACUCUAAUGGUUGUGAUUAUUUUUAUUUAAUUUUUUUUCUUCAAAUUCCUGCUGCUAGGGGUUACUGUGAUAAUAUUUUCCCCUAUUUACCCGAAAAAAUUCCAAAAAAAUUGCACUCCCGACCCCCACUUUUCCACCACCAAAAAAUCCGCUUUUUCAUGUAUUUACCCCUAAAAUUGCACAAAUAGGCACCUGCCUGCCCACAUACCUACAGGCAGUGCCUUGUAGGUAGGCACGCAGGUAGGCAAGCCUACUAUCCUCAAUAAUUAGUUUUUUAUUGGCUAAAAAAUCAAAAAAAUAUCGUCUUGGCAGAGUAGAGAUUCCCCAUUUUUUUUUAUUGGAUUUUAUUAAUAAACCCCCACUUUUUGAGCA